AUGGUCCAAGUCGAAGAAGUCCCCGAAGAGACUCUCUUCGCCGGCGGGCGCGAGGGCGAGACGUUCGAGUCUGACUCUGCCGACGACUUUGACUCUGACGGCGAGUCAGAGUUCGACGACUACAUUGCGGAAGAGACGGUGUACGACCGGAUCGUCGCCCUCAAAGAUAUCGUUCCUCCCCAGACCCGGUCGCGGCUGAUCGUGACCUACAACAAGAGCCGGAGCUGGGUGCAGUGGGGGAUCGGACAGGCGGGGAAUAUCGCCUGGAUCGUCAGUACCAGUGCGCUGCUGGUGGGGCUGCCGCUGGCGCUGGCGAUUGAGGAUGAGACGAGGAUUACACAGCAAGAGAGGGAGAUGCAGAUGCAGAGUCAGGGACAGCAGCAGUUGCUUGGUGGCGCACCAGCACCGCAGGGCCAGGGUGUCCUUCCCCCGGGAUUUUAA